GCUUCCAGGAAGUAAACGUAGAAACUCGAGGCUGUAGAGGUUCUGCUAUUGACCCCGCGGCACAGGUCAAAAAUCAUCAUGUCCCUGACCAUCCUGACGUCUGCGUACAGACUGAGGUCCCUCUGCAGGCUGCAGCGAAUCCAGGCUCACAUGAUGUCGAGUCAUGCAGAACCGGAGGUUCUCCUGGAGAAAGUGGGCAGAACCGGUGUGAUCACCAUGAACAGACCCAAAGUCCUGAAUGCCCUCAACCUUACCAUGAUCCGGCAAAUCUACCCCCAGCUCAAGAAAUGGGAAAGCGACAACGAGACGGACAUCGUGAUCAUUAAAGGAGCAGGCGACAAAGCUUUUUGUGCAGGUGGAGACAUUAGAGCUGUAACAGAAGCCGGGAAGGUCGGAGACUCUCUUGCCCAGGACUUCUUUCGUGAGGAAUAUAUUCUGAACAAUGCUAUUGGAUCGUACCGGAAGCCAUAUAUUGCCCUUAUUGAUGGCAUAACAAUGGGAGGGGGCGUGGGUCUCUCAGUUCACGGACGGUUUCGAGUGGCCACUGAGAAGACGCUGUUUGCGAUGCCAGAGACUGCCAUCGGGCUUUUCCCUGAUGUGGGAGGUGGCUAUUUUCUGCCGAGGCUCCAGGGGAAGUUGGGAUUGUUUCUUGCCUUGACGGGCUUCCGACUUAAAGGACGGGAUGUGCAGAGAGCCGGUGUUGCCACUCACUUUGUGGAGUCUAAGAAGAUCCCAGACCUGCAGAAGGAGCUCGUGGACUUGAAGUCUCCCUCUGCUGAAGAUGUCUUCAGAGUGCUAGACUCCUACCAGAGCCAGAGCAGUCUGGAUGCUGAGAAGCCUUUCAUCUUGAAAAAGCACCUCUCUGAUAUAGACAGGCUCUUCAGCGCCAGCAGUGUGGAGGGCAUUGUGAAUAACCUGAAGACCGAGGGCUCCGAGUUCGCUAAGAAACAAACUGAGACUCUGUCCAAAAUGUCUCCCACGUCCCUGAAGAUCACCCUCAAGCAGCUGCAGGCGGGCGCAGCUCUGAGCCUGCAGGACGUGCUGGUGAUGGAGUAUCGACUGAGCCAGGCCUGCAUGAGGGGCUGUGAUUUCUAUGAAGGCGUUCGAGCCGUGCUAGUUGACAAAGACCAGAAUCCCAAGUGGAACCCAUCAACACUGGAGGAGGUGUCCGACCAGAUGGUGGAGCAGUGCUUUUCCUCCUUGGGUGAGAAGGACCUGACUUUGUGAAGUUGGUCAGCAGCUGCCUCCCAACUUCAAACAACACACCGCUAAGCCUUCUCUAACCGGCCACUUCCUGUCCCCCCCAUCCUUUUAUGGAGGAGCGUGCCGCUGUGGAUGGAAGCGUGUCAGCCCUUGUUCAUAAACCGUGUUAUUGCUGUAGAAUAAGUAGUUGUUCUGGUGAUUCUUUACAAAAAAUCAUGACUGUGUCUCCACAGCUGAGUCAUGCUCACAGGCAGAAGAGGGAGCAGACAGUUUGGUGCACUGUUGCUCUGCAGUGGAGUCUUUCUGCAUAGUUUGUACAGUAGUAAUAUUACAGUGCUGCAUGUUGAAGGAUCAGAACAGCAGUGCUACAUUAGCACAAGGACACGGGAGGGGAUAAUGAUCUCACCACUGAGUGCUUCACUACAUUUCCUGUGGAUGUUUGUUGAUGUGACACGGAGCAGUAUCAUCUGUAGUCCUGCAGCGCGGUCACAGCUUCUGAUACAGAUCAUAUAUCGUCUCAGCUUCCUGUUUCCUGUUCCCCCCCCUUUUUUUUUUCUCCAAUGUUUAAUCUCAUACAGGCCGCAGCAUUUAAAACCCCUCAACGCUGGAUAACAUUGAUCAUCUUGUUACAGUGCGGUGCUGGGAAACCUUUGGGCAUUAACUUUGAUGUUGCUCUGACAAGGUGCAGCUUCCUAAACGUUUUCGCAUUGAUCGAAUCUGUUGGAAAAAGCUCAGUCCACAGAGACCCUAAACAAAGACUGUAUAUUAAAGAUGGGCAUACCCACCAUGACAUCAUGCACUGGUUUGCACCGUCCUCUUUUUGAAACCUUAAUUUGAGGCUUCAAAAAGAGUUAAACUUUUUUACAGUUUAACUUUUUAAAACUAAACGUUCUGCGCAAAAAGUGGAUCUGGUUGAGAAACAGAGACACCUGCUGGUCCCUGAAGAUACUGCGCUUUUCUAUCAAGUUUACUGCAAUGUAUAAAGACUUAAAACUAGUGAUUUAACCCAUGUCUUGUUCAGGAAAGUCUUUUGAUUUUGUAAAUCAAUCGUGCACCCGGGUUUUUUCCUCAUGGACAUCUAUCUUUAAAAAAAGAAGAAGACAUGUUUGUCACCAUAUGAGUCGCCCCCUGCUGGGCAUUAAAAAAAGGUUAAAAUGUCAAGGUGCUUCGGCUUAAGUUUUUAACUUACUAACUACGUCCUAACUAAGCUAAGCCCAUCUUUAUAUACAGUCUAUGGCCCCACCUGGCAACCCACUGGACCCAAUGGGCCAUUCUAACACCGGUCACAGGAGUUGAAUCCUCUGAUAAGUCAGAGCUGAUAUGAGCACAGUCCUUCUGGAAUCAAGUCUCGCCACUUGUAGGCGAGAUAUGAGCAUUUAUUUUGAAGCAUUAUUUAAAUUUUUUUAUGUUAAUGGUUACCAAGACUCAUCAGUCAAGUCUGACUAACAUCUUAAAGCAAAAACCUUUUCCCCCCACUAUUAAUUACACAUUUACUAAUAUCUUCACUGCUCUGGAAUAUCCCUAAAUUCUCUGGCACUGGAAAAAUGGUUUUAAUGUUGUGGCAGACCAGUGUAAGUGCUACCUGUAGUUGUUUUUAGGUAUAACAGGGAAUUAAAGUGUUCUAACACAAAUCCAAACAAUACUUCGAAGACAAACCUAUAAAUUAGUACUGAUAUUGAAUGUAUCUGCAUAAUUUAGCAAAGCAAAUCUGGUUUUAGUCAUCUGAAAUGCAUGUCUUGUUUUUCUAAUAUUUUCCCGAUGUUUGUUCAGAGGAAAUCAAAUCACUUCCCUCAUCAUUAGGUCUCAGCAGCUGCAUUAUUUAUGAAACAACCAGAGUCAGAUUCAGUGCUGGAACAGAGGGCAAUAAAAGAGCUGGUCACAUGAAAUUCUGUGUGUUUUUUAC